UUUAUAUUUAUAUAUAUAUUGAAAUAACAUUAUGUCUUUAAUUAGCUUAAAUUUGAGAUUUUUAUUUUUCCUCCCCCUUAAAAUGUUACGGGCCCAUGACUACCAAAAGUUGUAUGAUUAUAUUAAAACAUGCACAAUAUUCAAACUAAGUUAGGUAUAUACAAAUGAUACUCACUUAUGAUAUUAAAUUUAAUAAUGAAAAUACCUUCUUAUCUAUUAAAUACAUUUAAGAAGUACUAUAAAAUGUCAAAUACCAAAGAAGUAUUUAUAAUUAAUGACUGUGAGAAUUCAAAAUUUAAAACAUUAGCUUAUUGAAGUAACUAUAUAUGUUAAUAAUUGAGGUUGAUAGUUCUUGUCCUCACAAUUACUUAAUUUGAUUAUAGAUUGGAAAUUGUAUAUUGUAUCAAAAGAAAAGAAUUAAGCUAUUAUAAGGCUAUCCUAUUGAUUUUGAUUGUUAUAAUAACCUUAAAGCUGUUGGUAUAAUUUAAUAUUGAAUUAUCUUUAAACUCAACUUUAAUUGUUAGAGAUAAGUUAAGUUAGGUUAGACUAACAUGAAAUGUGUAAUCAAAAUAUUGUAUUGUUCAAUGGGGUAGUUGUUUUAUGUUGUUUUAUAGGUACCUCUUAAAUAUUUGCUUGGAGUUUUACAAAUACAUAAUAAAUAUUUUUAGCUAUGUAGAUGAAUAUUUGUCAUAUGUAGCUGUAGUGUUGUAGUAGUGAAAGAGUAUGUAAGCAUAUAUUAUUAUUGUCUAGAUGUACCUACUUAGUAAUAAUACACAAUUCGUUUUUAAAUUUUCAAUUGAAGGAAAGGUGGGAAGAUUUAAAGAAGAAUAUUUCAAUAAACCCACAAGGUAACAGAGUACGAUUUGUUCCUAUUAUUCCUAACAACAAUAAUCAACGUGUUAAUGUAUUGCCAACAACUUUGCCCAAAAGCAUAUCGUUUAAGCCUUUUAAACCAAAUCACAUACACAAUUGCUUCAGUAAAGAAAAUGUUAACUUGACGCAACAUAAAAAUGACGACAAGGAAUAUAAAAUGAUUGCACCAGUUACGCUUAUGGAUACUACUGUUUGUCCACCCAGAUUUAAUAUGAAUAAUCAAAAGUUAGUCGGUCUACAAUUAUCUCAGAAACAGCAAGAAGUAAAAAAGCUUAACACAUUAAAUUCUUUUGUAGACAAAUAUAAUAUGAAUGAAUUAGAAAAUAGCUUACCUAAAUUUCCAUUACGUACUAUUUGGACUAAUGACAACAGUUCAAAAGAUUUUGGAUGUACUUUACCAACAAAAGUCCACACAUUUAAAAAACCAUUUUCAUCAAAUUUAAAUUGUUUAUCUACUACUAAACAGAGUACAAACUAUAUGCUAAAUUCUAGAUAUCAAAAUGAAUCUCAAGUAAUACCAACUAUAACAAACAACAUAAGCACCUCAAGGUACUUUAAAUCAUCGUAUUCAGGCCAAAAGUUACAUCCCAUAGUUGAAAACAUGGAUACAUUUUUUACUGUGGAUAAUGAAAAACUAUCUCCUGUCAUUGGUCAGAACAUCAAUACAUUAGAACAGUACUCUUUAGGUUGUAUUAACCAACCUUUUAACAUGGAUGAUAUAUGGAAAGAUAAUCAGUAUCAACCACCAAGAAUGUGAUAGAUAUAUAGGUACUUAAAUUACAUUAACAAUGUCCCACGUUCUUAUUGACUAAUUGUUUUCCUUUACUGAAAUUGGUUAUAAAUAAUGUCAAUACCCUAGGUACAUAAAACUAAGAUAUGAUUAAAAAAAAAUGAUUUUAUAAGCUUAGAUGUGUAACAUAAAUAUUCCAUUAGCAUUUAGAUAUAAUAAAAUAUAAUUUGUCUGUGAUAUCUUAAGACAUAUUAAUGAAAUAAUAACAUUUUGUGAA